AUGGAGCCUGCAUCGAAGAUCCAACCAUGGAAGGCUCUUUCGCCAGAGGGUCUGAAGGAAGACCAGAAGCCAGAUAUCGCUGCUAGGAACCUUGACGAGAACGAUCAAGGUGGUGGCUUUGGCGCUUCGGUAAGCAAGCCUGCCGACCGCCAGAUUGGCUACCAGGGCUGGAAAGCGGAAGCCUCAACCGAAUCCAAGUGA